AUGAACCUUUUGUGCCUAUAAAUUACGGAAACCUGCAACAAAGAGUCAAUCAACCUGAAGAUAGGAGUGCAUCAAGAAAUGGUGUCAGCAAUGAAAGAGCAAGAAACAAGAAAGGGACCGUGGACAGAGCAGGAGGACCUGCAACUGGUAUGCUUUGUGAGAUUGUUCGGUGAACGUCGUUGGGAUUUCAUAGCAAAAGUCUCAGGUCUCAAUAGGACCGGAAAGAGUUGCAGACUGAGAUGGGUCAAUUAUCUUCAUCCUGGACUCAAGCGAGGUCGCAUGACUCCUCAAGAAGAGCGAUUAGUCCUUGAGCUACAUUCCAAAUGGGGGAAUAGGUGGUCUCGAAUUGCUCGUAGGCUUCCGGGGCGAACUGACAACGAGAUCAAGAACUACUGGAGGACUCAUAUGAGAAAGAUGGCACAAGAGGCAAAGAGGAAUUCAUCGCCACCCUCAGCUUCAUCUUCAUCCAACUCUCUCUCCUCAAUGAGUGAAUCUCCAGCAGAACCUGCAAAUGCUGAUAACAUCACUGAAGGAAAUAUCACUACGGCAUUUGGAGAGAAUGAAGGACUCAAAGUUUAUCCCAUGGAUCAAAUAUGGAAUGAGAUAGAAACAUCAGAGUCUGUCAGUGGUUUAAGCUUGGAAGAGCACAAGGAUGAAGCUUGCAACAUGUCAUGUCCUCCUCCAUUAUCUUCUCUUAUGUGGGACUAUAAUUCUGAGUCUCUUUGGAAGAUUGAUGACCAUGAAGAGUUCAGUAUGAUUCCACCCAUGAGUGACCUCUUGGUUUCUAAUUAUCAUCAUGGCAAAGAGCAAUCUUAGAGUAAUCACUAGAUGCUUUUAACCUUGUUCAUAGAGGAAAUGGUUGAAAUGAGAGAGUAUUAGAGUUGAGUUGCCUUACUUCUGUAAUUUAAUCAGUAUGUUUAUUAGCAGAAAGUGUCUGAGAGUGUGAGAGUUCAUGUCUUUAUAAAUUUCAUGUAUUGCUCUUAUUUGAGAGUAGUACUUCAGUGAGUAGUUAACUGCUAUAUUAGAGUUUCUUCUGAUGAUAUUUCUUUACUGAGAAGGUUUUAUG